AUUUGGAAGGUGAAGAUUGGUAGUCAUAACUCAUAAGCUAUUACUAUUAUUAUCCGAUGGGCUUGGAACUUAAAGAAUGCGGCAAAAUUAAAAAUAAAUUAGCCUUGGUCCGUAAAAAGGCCGGAGCCCAAAUAUGGCAGACUUGAAAAAUUGCAAGAUCCCGGCAAAACGUUUCUAAAACCCUAACUUCUCCCCGCCCGCCCGGUUCGCUGAAAAAUCAACGAGGAUGGAAGAUCAGAACAUGGACGACGGCGACCAGAACCGGGAGACGGAGAUUGCUCCGGCUCAAAUAGCUGUCCACCCGAGUCAAGAGUCAGUUUCCGUUGCCGUGGGUUCAGACCUCCGGGUCUUCAAUCUCAGGUACUCCCAAAAUCCCAAUUCCUUUUCUCCAAUUUUCAUUGCCGCCAUUUUACUCCCGUUAUCUAAUGAAAUGGAUACAAAAUUGCAGAGAAGGUUUACCGGUGAAAUUAUCGGAUGAUGGCCACAGUGAUUCGAUACGGGCAAUUCGUUACGCUGCGAAUGGGAAGCUUUUCGUAUCAGCUGGUGAUGACAAACUGGUUAAGAUAUGGGCCACUGAUUCUUGGCGUUGUGUGUAUAAUGUGGCAUCGGAGAAGCGGGUUAGUGCGGUUGCCAUAAGUAAUGAUGGAUUAUUUGUAUGUUUUGCCGACAAAUUUGGCGUAGUAUAUGUUGUGGAUACACGAGCAUUUACCGAAGAAACCCCGACUUCAAUCAUUAAGAAAGGAGUACCGAUUCUCUCCCACUAUUGUAGCAUUAUUACUAGCUUGGAAUUUUCACCAGAUGGGCGGUUCAUUAUUACUGCUGAUCGGGAUUCGAAAAUCCGUGUGACUGUGUUUCCCCAAAAUUCCUUGAAUGGAGCUCACGAAAUACAAAGUUUCUGCCUGGGUCAUACAGAGUUUGUGUCUUGUCUUGCCUUUGUUUGUAAUCAAGAGUAUCCUCAGGGAUUUUUAGUCUCUGGAAGUGGUGAUUCAACUGUCCGUUUAUGGGACUUCUCCUCCGGUUCUCUUCUUGACACCUGUGAUGUUGGAGCAGAGGCUGCAUUUGCUGAUCGGAAAGAAGAGGAGGGUCUGCUUCCCAUUACUGACCUAUGUACCGUUCAAGAUGGGUCACUAGUUGCAGUGGCCAUACAGAGCUUGACAGGGAUUAUGCUGUUGGGCUGUGACCUUUCAAAAAGAAAUCUCUCUGUUGUGAAAGUGGUUUCCAUUGCCGAAGAGACUUACAUCCCUACGAGCAUAGGAUCUGCCUCAACAGCAGAAUUGUUAUGGAUGGUCAUGGGUGCGUCAAGCUUAAACAUUUCUGAUAUCAAAUCUUUGGUCAGGAUUAGAGUUCUCUCCGGUUUCAGCAAAUGUAAUGCAGCAUCUGUUGAAACUUUGGUCCUGGAAGAUAAAGAUACUCCAGGAGGGGAGCAAAUGCUGCAAACAUUGCAAGGUAAAUUAUCAGUAGAGAAAGAAGCCUUUUCAUCUGCUGCUGAGGCAGUAAAAAAUUCCAUGCGGAAUCUCUUAAUCAAGAAACAGUACUCUGCAGAAAGACGAGACUUUAGAAAAAGAGGCAGGAAUGACAUAAAAAACAAGGCAAAAUGAAUACAGGAACAAAUUUGUAGCUGGUUGAGAGGAUAUUCGGAAUGUAGCAUACAGAUAAAAAAUAAAAAAAAAAGAUAUGAUUAUCCUUUUAUGCAUGAUUGUAUCUCUAGGAUUGAUGGUUUGAAUCUUUGUUUAUGUCACAAAGCUGUUUUAGUGGACAAUUUUAAUUAAUUUUCUCUUUAUAUGAGAAUUUUACUUGUCUAUCAAAAUUAUGUCCAUAAGUAAUGGACGCAAGUUAUUGAUCGCUGUUCUGCUUGAUCAUCAGUGAUCUAAAGACUAAAUCGAU